CGCUGGCACGCAACCUGCUACCCCAACACAAUGGCUGAAUUUCCACAAUCCACGAUGGUCCCGGUCCCUGCAGACGAGAGAAUAGAUGACUGGGUCAGCACCAUCGAUCCAACAGAACGACGAAGACGCCAAAAUCGAAUCAACCAGCGGGCCCACCGGAGACGCCAGCGCGUCCAAACUAGAGAUAAAGAUAUCCAUCCUAAGAGUCUAGUGAUCUCUUACCCAACACCCCCACCAUCAACCACCCAAUCGGUCAUCCAAGGCGGUCAGGAACUCAAGGCGCGGAGAUGCAUAUCGCCUCAUACACGAGACCUACUCCUCGCUCAAUUCACAAAAGCCGCAUACCAAAGCUACAUGCUGGGCUCUCCUGCUCCAGACCACCUCCUCAUGCUGACGAAACUCAAUGUUUUCCGCGCAUUCGGACACAAUAUGCGACUGAUUGGCACGGACUUGGAUGAGAUGAACGAUGACGCAAUUUCAAGAUUCAAUACAAUCUUACCUUCUCCACCCCCCAACAUAGGCGAAUCGUCGCCUAACCAGACUGCGGAGAUUCAAUUACCUGUUAGUCUCCGGCCGACCAAAAUUCAACGAACAAUCCCUCAUCAUCCUUGGCUGGAUUUUUUUCCUAUACCCAAGAUGCGGGAUAACCUGAUCCAAGCAGGAGAUGAGUGGAAUGACGAGGAAUUAUGUUUGGAAAUUAUGGGGUUUUGGACGAAUGCUUCGUCGGAAGACGUGGGGCUUCUAGUCUGGGGGGAUCCCUGGGACGUUCGGAAUUGGGAGCUCACGGAAGCAUUUUUGAAGAAGUGGCAGUGGGUUGUAAGGGGAUGUCCGGAAUUGAUGAAUUCUACGAAUGCGUGGCGAGCCAAGAGGGGGGAGAAGUUGAUUUUUCGAUAUUUAUAG